AUGGAGGAGCCAACUUUGGACGAAAUGCUGGAGGCCCAUUCAUUACAAGUUUACAACCACAGUUAUGACUAUGAUGCUCCCAUUGAUGAAUAUGGAAAAUCUUCCAAACAGGUUGGCCUUAAAGGAGAAGCAAUGGAUUUGGUCUCUCCAAAAGGAGGGUCAUCAGUUGAUUGGUUCCGAGGCUCACUAACUACCCGAACCAAACAGACGUUGAAAUGGUAUAAGGUAAGGAUUUCAAGGUACCAUGUUCCUGGGUCCUGGUUAAAGCCAACACAAAAUCUGGUGGUAGUGGUUGAGGAACUCGGUGGGGAUCCAUCAAAGAUAACCCUGGUGAAGAGAUCAGUGACAGGGGUUUGUGCUGAUUUACAAGUACACCACCCAAACGCUGAAAAUUUUGAUAUCGACACAGCCAUGAAGAAUCGAAAACGCUUCACCAGGCCCAGGCGUUAA